AGAAUGCCGAAGGAUAAUAAGAAAAAAAUUUGGGAGAAAGAAAGGAGAGACCAUUUAAAAGAAGCUUUUCUGAAGCUGGAAAAACUGCUUCCUUCUUAUGACCCAUCAAACUCUGCUUCAAGGAUAGAUGUUUUGACGAAAAGUAUUGAAUAUAUUCAGGAAAUGAAAAAUGUUAUUGAAGAACUUUCGAAACCUCAAUCUGAAAUAAACCCUAAAGUACUGAAGUUGAAAAAUCUUCAAGAUAGAAUCAAAAGAUUAGUGAAUAGAAUGGAAAUAUUGAGUAGACUGUUGAGAGAAGCUAAUAUCCCUAUACCAAAUGCACAUAGUUGGAAGGAGUUCAAAAAUAAGAAAUAUAAAUGGAGUGGCAAAAUAAAUGAUGGAAAAGUUUUAGUCAACAACCCAAAGAUGGAAAAAAAGAAUGGGAUCAAUGAAGAUGAGGAUAAUAAGCUGAGAACAGUUAAUAAAGGUACAGAGAGUAAAUUGAAUGCUUCUAGCUUAGUACCAAAACAUCGUAAGAAUAUUGUUAAUAGACUAAAGUCUAAAACAACUCUAAAGCAAAAACCAUUACAACCAGCUAAUUCAAACUGUCUUAUAAUUUAUACACAAGCAUAUAACACAUCAUCUUGUUACUUGGUCACUAGUGCACCUUCUAGUAAUCUUCCAGGAUGUUCGCAAACAGUUAUUACAGAUUCUGUAGGGGCAUCUAAUCCUGUUAUGACUACAAAUGUGAAGGAGAAUAAAAAAUCUGCAAUACAAUCCAAUUCAAAAGUGCAAUCAUUAGGUGCAGGAACUCUAAUAUUAACUAAUGGAAGUAUUUAUCCAAUAUUACCUCAAUCUCAGCCUGUUUUGCCCACUCCUAUGCUAGUUCAGGUUACUAACAAUUCAAAUGUAAUCAAGUCAGAAUCAGAAGCUUAUAAUAAAAAUAGAAAUAUGGAUCCGAACACUCCAAAAAAAUCCAAAGGAACUAUUAAAAAAACAGUUAAACAAUCUAAUAUUCUUGCUAAAAAUACAUGCAACACAAGCAAUAAGAAUUUGAUUCCACAAGUAUGUGUGAAAUCAAAACUUCCACCUAAUAUUUUGCCUUAUGGACCAAGUCUUGUGUUGAGUAAAAAUACUUGUUUAUUGCCCUCUCAAAUGAGUAGGGUACUAAUUCCUAAUUCUGCCAAUAAUCUUAAGCCUAAGACAAUAUUGACAGGAAUGCACAAAAGAAGGAUAGUAGGAAAGAGGAUAAGGGAUAAACCUGUAAGUAGACAAGCACUGAAAAGAAUUGGUAAACUGGCAAGGAAAAAGGAGACAGAAGAAAAAGAAAAAAUGAUGCAGAAAUUGAAAGAAGCGAACUUUUCAUCAGAUGUUGUUGGAAAAACACAAGGAAAAAUUUCUGAUAAACUUCCCUCCAAUAUGGAAAAUUUGAAAAUUACAAGAGGUGAUGAAAUCAAUGCUGUCAGAAUAGAAAACGCAGAUAACUCUGAAGAAAAUUUAAACUCUCAAAAUAUCGAUUGUCAAAAAACCAUUUCCAUUAUUUCUGAUGAUAUAAUAACAGCACCAAAUCAAAAUGUUACAUCAGUUUUUCAAGGUGAUUCAGAAACGAUAUCUAAUAGUGCUGCACAGACUAGCCAAUCUACUGCAAUUCGUGAUAAUGAUAUGUCGAUAUCCAAUGCAGACAGAAAGAUUUCAGAAACUGAUCAAAAAGAUUUGAAUUAUGUUGAAAAACAUUCAUUGGAGAAAAACUGUGAUCAAAGUAUAAUUGAGACACAUGCAGAACCUUCUCAACUUGCUAAUAAUCCUUCAGAUGUUCCUGAUGAACAUCUCGGAAAUGAAGAGGACAUUGGAAAGGUUGAGUCUUCAGAAAAAGUCCAUAAGAACGAUAAUGAAUCAGAAAAUAUGAAUAUACUGACUGUCCAAAACAGUGAUCAAAAUUUAAGGCCUGAAAGUAGUUCAGUAUUACAUAAUGAGUGCAAUAUAAAUCAGCAACUGAAAAGCUUAGAUAUUCAUCUUGGCCAUUCAGAGUUGUCCAAUGAUAUUUUUGCUUCACUUCAAGUUCCCCCUGGUUGUCAAAAUCCCGAGUCUACUUCACCAACUGCAGCUUUUCUUCUUUCAUUUCCUUUAGUGUCAUCUUUAACAGGUGUCAAAGUUACUGAGGUCAUGGAUGAGGAUAAUCCGGACAGUCAAAGAGAAACACCCACUCUUUUACAAAUAGGCACUAUGAACACAACUAAGUCGGUACAAUCUGAAACUUUCAACUCUAAUCUGUUGAAUUUGGACUUUUUUUCUUCUAAAGAUAUCUACAAUGGAUUUUACAAUUCUUUUGAACAACAUCUGAGUAGUUUAACAAUGCUUACAUCUAGUAACCUGAGUGAUUUAAAACAUACAGAAAAAAGCACAAACAAUUCUAAAUCUGGUGAUAAUUGCAAACCCAUGAAUAACAUUGAUAAUAUUCAUGAACCCAAUGUAUCCAAGCAGACUUCAAUGAACGAACAAAUUUCUUCAUCAAGAAAUACCAACCUUCAUAAUAAUAGAGAUUUUUUGUCUUCCAAUAUUAAUUGUCAGCCAAGCUUCAAUUUUGCAGGAAAACAAUCUGAAUCAGGUGCAGAAAUCAAGGACCAAGUUCCCUCUAUAACAUAUUCUCACAAAUCCAUCAGACAUAGUGAUUCAGUUAAAGAAACAACAACAACAAAGGAUAAUCAUGAUGUCCCUACAGAAAAAAAUAGAGAAGUAGUAGAGAAAGCUCCUAAUCCACUUCAGAUAGAUCAAAAUAUUCAAUCAAAUGUUGAAUUCCCAAAGAAUACUGCAUCAAAGGGCGAUUCUUCUUCCCUUAAAAACGUCAAGCAAACUAACAAUAGUUUUAUGAAAAGGGGAGCAUGUGAUAAUAUUUUCAACAUUGAUGAUAUAAAUAAUAAUAUGUCGAAUGUACAUCAAAAUAUAGAUCAAGUUAUAAAUUUCUAUCCUGAGAAACAGAAAUCAAUGACUUCUGGCAAUUUCACUCCAGGGAAUUCAACCAUGAAAAAUAAUAACAUUCAACCAUUAUUCCAAGAAAAUAUUCAUAAUGCACAAAUGGACUUCAUGUCGAAUAAGAAUUUUGCUGUAGCCCCAAUUCAUUCCAAUCCCAAUUCAUUCGGUAUAGAAAAUAAUAAGAAUUUGAACAAAGACUCAAACUUCAAUAUACCAAAUCAACAAAUUAGUUGUACAGAUAAGGCAAUAAUACAGCCCUAUUUUAUCCCAGAUAAUAAAAAUUAUCAGAGAAUUUCUAACCAAAGCAAUACAAAAACUUUGACUGAGGAGAGCAGAAAUACAGAAGCACAUAAAUAUUUCAAUUAUAAUAAUUUCAGCUCUGAGAUGAAAAAGCCUAACAAAAAUCAUGAGAUGAACUUUGAUUUCAAUUUGGAAAACAAAAUAGCACCAGUUCCAAAAAUUAUUGAGUCUAAGGAAAUAACUCCUGGCUAUAGUAUGCCAUACUCCAACUCAAUUUAUGAUAUAAACAAUAUAACAAAAGUAUGUACAUGUGCCUAUGGUUCAAAUAAACCAACUUCAGAACCUGUUUAUACAAACAGUAACAGUAAUACUUAUAACUACUACUCAAACAGUGAGACUUAUAUGGGGGAAACAUACUAUAAAAACGUAAAAAGUGAUGCAACUUAUAAAAAACCUGAUUUCAGUAAUGCAUAUUAUCCUGACAAUCUGAAAAGGAACAUAACUUCCUCAAAAACUGAGAAUAUCCAAGAAAAAUCAACAUAUAACUGGAUGACCACGCCCACAAAAUCUACAUCUGAUAAUGUUGUAUCCAGUUUUCCUAAGGAUGAUAUAGUUUAUUCUAAUUCAAACCUUAUUAGUGGCAACCAAACCAAUUAUUUCACUUCAUCAGUUUAUCCAACUGAACUCAAUUCUAACUUGAGCCAGACAUCUAAGAAGACCUUUGAUUUACCGCUUGUGAACGUGAAUUAUCAAAAAGUUGAAACAGAAGAUGGCCAAAAUCAGUUUUCCUGGUCUCCAACAAAAAUGCCACAGUUCUUAGAUCCUAUACCCAGCUUUGUAUCCUCCACCUUACCAACCCUUGUUGGAGAUCUUGCCUUGGGUUCAUCGAAUUUCACUGAUCAAAAGUACCAAUUCACAAAUAAAUGUUCAAAAGAGUCAAAAAAUAAGGCGGCACCAAAAAUGACUUUUGAAAAUCAAAAUAAUUUGUUUUCUGUUAGUCAGCUGGUGCACCAAAAUGAUAAAACUGUGGCAGCCAAGCCUAUGCGACGUAGAAAUAGCGGAAGUGCAUCAAAAUCUAACCAGAUGAAAAAUAAAAAAAUUGGUAAAAGUAACGAAGAACAGAAGGAUGUUUCACAGUGCUUCAACAAAUCCCCGGGUAGCCAGAACCAAGCUAAGAUUGAGAAUAAGACCUUUAACUGCAGGCAGAGUAAUAGUAAUUCUUUUUGUGAUAAGAGGAGUUCUUUAAAAGUGUCAUCCAGUAUUUAUUCUGCUGAAGCUCUGAUUUCCCAUCAUGGUCAUUCUGAGAAUAAUAUUAAGAAAGAUCAAACAUUUUCAGGGAAUACUAUGAAGAACAUUCCUGUUCCUCCAUACAUACCUGAUAAUAUUAUGCCAUACUUUCCUUCUGUUGAUCUACAGCAGGACAAUUUGAUACAACAAAAUCAGAAUUAUCAGAAUUUUCCAAACUUCAGCACAUUCUCAAAUAAUACCUAUUCAACAAAUACUUUCAUACCUUCAAGCACAAUAACAACUCCAUACAUAAGUUCUAGUACUUUUGUAUCAGAUAUUGGCGUUGUGAAUGAUUUUUCAUCAGAAAACAUGAGUCUAUUCCCCACUACUCCAAUAAACAAGACCAAAAUGAUAGCUAAGAACAGCUCCGGGCAAAGAGAAGAAAAAAUCAAUCCAUGUACAAAUAUUGCCACAAAGAAAAUAAAGAGGAAACCAUCAAAUGAAAUCAAUGUCACUUCCAGUUUAGUUGAUUUUCCUUUCUUAUCAGUACCAGGAAAUAUAAAUUCGCCUUUACUCCCUGAGGACUUCCAUACACAUUCAACUUAUUUACCACCACCUCCAACACAGCCACAACUUUACCCUUGUAAGAAUACAUUGUAUCCUUCAAAACAGAGUACUAUUACAUCAACUGCGCCACUACUGCCUCUACCCCCUAUACCUCCUGUUUCAAGGUCAGGAAUACAACAUCCAGAAAUAUCCCCUUCUUUGAAUUCUGCUGGGACUUCUUCAUUGACUAAUUUUAAUUUGAGCACAAUAUUUCCGGAAAUUAACAAGAGUUCCAUGCCAGAUGUUUAUUCCCAGAAUCAAACUAAGGACCAAGGCUCUCAUAGGCAUUACCCAAACAGUUCUGUUCCUUUCAAUUCUAAACGGACAUUUACUUAUCCUAAUUGUCCUAUAACUCAGUCUUAUGGAAUUGAUAAUAGAUGAAAUUGUUAAAUUCACUUCAAGAAUGGUUAAGUUGUAAUGCGUCUCUCGGGGACAUUCAUUAUCAAGAAGAAAUCCUCUGAAGAAUUGAAUUGGAGUAUCUUUCAUUAUCGAUAAAAGUGGAAUACUUAGAGGAAACAUUCUGAACAAUGUACCAACAUUUAGAGGAAAGCAGACUGCCUUAAAAAUCAACUCUGAUAUUUUAUACUUUCCUUGUAACACCAGUUUGAAAGGAUAUAAUAUGAAGUUAUAUAAUAAAGAAUUUUUAUUGUUA